UACAUCGAGGAUGUGCCCCAGCACUUCUACAAGUGGUCGUCGCCGCCCGGCGUGGUGAGGAUCCUGGAGGCCGUGGUCAUUCUGCUCUGCAUUGCCAUCUUUGCCUGUGUGGCCUCCACCCUGGCCUGGGAAUAUGGUUAUGGAUUUGGGGGGGGUUAUGGGAACGGUUUGGGGGGUUUCUACGGAUCUGGCUACUAUGGCAGUGGGUUGAACUAUGGGUAUGGGUAUGGUGGGUACUACGGUGGGGUCACCAACCCCCGUGCAGCCAACGGCUUCAUGAUUGCCAUGGCUGUGCUCUGCUUCCUGGCCCAGUUGGGGCUCUUCGUGGCCAGUGUCAGCAAGUCCAGCGCCUCCCGCUCGCGGCGUUUCUACCUGGUGGUCAUCGUGGUGUGUGCCGUGUUGGCCUUGGUCAUGCUCAUCGCCUCCAUCGUCUACGUGGUGGGUGUCAACCCCCAGGCACAGAUGACUGGGAGUUACUACUACAACCCCUUGUUGGCCAUGUGUAACCAGAUCUACAGUGGCAGCACCUACCUCAACCAGUAUCUCUACCACUACUGCACUGUGGACCCUCAGGAGGCUGUGGCCAUUGUCUGUGGGUUCCUCAUCGUCAUCCUCCUCUGCCUCAUCUGCUUCUUCGCUCACAAGACACGGAGCAAGAUCUGGAAAUAUGGAAAACCAAACAUCUACUGGGAUAAGAUGCCAGUGGGCCAAGAGGGUCCCAACGUGGAGGAGUGG